AUGGUUCGCCAUCUUCUAUUGGCUACAGGAGCAAGUUUUAAGCUACCAAAGCCCUCUUCUCGUAAAUUCGAGACCGCUUCCGGCAGGUGGCAGUCACAGCAGAUAAGAUGCAUAGGCACGAGUGUCUCUACAUGUGAAUGCAUGUGUAGGUGUGUGGGCGAGGAGGGGGAUGGGGUGCUCACACGCAAUUAUGGUAUGUGGUGUGGCGACCGGCCUCGACUCGGCCAGUGGAGUCACAACCCACUCCAGCAAGCACAACUGACCCUCAAGCUGGCUUAA